AUGGAGCUGGAUACUGGGUCAGCCCUCUCACUAAUCUCAUAUGAAGAUUACAGAGAUAAAUUUCCCAAUCUGAAACUAAAACACACCUCAGUGAAGUUAAAAACAUACACAGGUGAAAGAAUAACUCCCUUGGGAAAACUGAAAGUGAAAGUGGAAUAUGAGAAGGAUAAGUGCAACCUGGAACUUUAUGUUCUGAAAAAUGGAGGUGUGCCAUUAUUUGGGCGUGACUGGUUGAAACACAUCCACCUCAACUGGAAAGGAAUAAAGUCCAUGAGACUAGCACAUGGUCUGAGUGCACAUCCUGUGGAUAAAAGACUGAAACAGACACUCGAGAAGCAUGCUCAGGUGUUCAAGGAAGGUAUUGGCACUCUGAAAAAUAUUAAAGCACAGAUCAUACUGGAGGACAAUGCAAAACCCAGAUUUCACAAAGCACGUCCUGUACCAUAUGCUGUACGGCCCAAAGUCGAAGCAGAGCUCCAACACCUGGAAGAGCAAGGAAUACUCACCAAGGUGGAAUGGUCAGACUGGGCCACACCAAUAGUAUCAGUGAGCAAGAAGGCAAGUGAUAGUGUGCGAAUCUGUGGUGAUUUUAAGGUUUCAGUGAACCCAGUCCUCCGCAUCGAUCAGUACCCACUCCCACGAAUAGAAGACAUAUUCACAGCAGUGGCAGGUGGCAAACACUUUUCAAAAAUCGACCUUGCUCAAGCUUAUCUUCAGAUGGAAGUAGAAGAGACAUCCAAGAAAUAUCUAGUGAUAAACACUCAUAAAGGCCUAUAUCAGUACAACAGACUGGUCUUUGGUAUCGCCAGUGCCCCAGCAGUAUGGCAACGCGCUAUGGAUCAGGUUCUGCAGGGCAUUCCAGGAACGCAAUGUUUUCUGGAUGACAUAAUCGUCACAGGUGUCGAUGAGGAGACUCAUUUGGCUAACCUAGCAGCAGUCCUGGCCAGGUUAGAAAAAUAUGGACUGAGAGCAAACAAAAACAAAUGUGAGUUCUUCCAGGAUGCCAUUGAAUAUUGUGGCCAUAAGAUCGACAGGCAUGGACUCCACAAAACCAAAGACAAGGUUGACGCAGUCUUGAAGGCACCGGAACCUAAAAAUGUGAGCCAACUACGCUCAUUCUUGGGCUUAAUUAAUUAUUAUCACAAGUUUCUACCGAACCUGUCGACAGUUCUGCACCCCCUGCACUUGCUGCUGCAACAAAAUGUCAAAUGGAAAUGGACAAAAGAAUGUGAAGAGGCAUUUAAUGGUGCCAAGCAGCUCAUUACGUCAGAGGAGGUGCUGACGCAUUUUGACCCAAACCUACCCCUUCGCCUUGCCUGUGAUGCCUCCCCAUAUGGCAUCGGUGCUGUGCUAUCUCAUAAAAUGCCUGAUGGAUUGGAACGACCAAUUGCUUUUGCCUCAAGGUCCCUAAAUGCAGCAGAGCGAAACUAUGCACAGAUCGACAGAGAAGCGCUCAGUCUAGUGUGGGGAGUGAAGAAGUUUAAUCAGUAUCUAUAUGGAAGACACUUCACCCUGAUUACAGACCACCGACCGCUGGUGUCCAUUUUUAACCCUCAGAAAAGCAUUCCAACCAUGGCUGCAGCACGGUUGCAGCGGUGGGCCUUAUUCCUUGGUGCACACACUUACACCAUUGAAUUUAAAGGGACAAAACUGCAUGGGAAUGCAGAUGGACUGUCACGCCUUCCACAAAGGCAAACCACUGAAGAAACCACUGACCCAGCAACUGUGUUUCACGUGGCACAGAUGGAACCUCUACCUGUCACCAGUGCUCAGGUGAAAAGAGAAACAAGCCGAGACACAAUCUUAUCCAAAGUGUAUGAUUUUACUGUGAAUGGCUGGCCAUCCUCCAGUGACACUCAAUUAUCUGUGUAUUCUACCCGCAAAGACCAGCUAUCUGUUUGCCAAGGAUGUGUCUUGUGGGGAACCCGUGUCAUCCUUCCACCCAAACUACGUACAAGGGUACUAGACUCACUACACGAUGGACAUCUGGGUGUUGUUAAGAUGAAGAGUCUUGCUAGGAGCUAUGUUUGGUGGCCAGGCAUAGACUGUGAAAUAGAGAACGUGGCUAAAUCCUGCACUGGUUGCCAGCAGACACUGCGCCAGCCUCAACCAGCACCUGUACACACAUGGGAGUGGCCAUCCACUCCAUGGCAACGCAUUCAUAUAGACUAUGCUGGACCAUUUAUGGACCAAAUGUUCCUGAUUGUGGUUGAUGCUCACUCAAAGUGGCCAGAAAUUUUUCCUGUGAAGCAAGCAACAGCUGCCAGCACAGUCAGCAUCCUUCGAUCACUCUUUGCACGCACAGGUUUGCCACAACAGCUUGUAAGUGACAAUGGCCGUCAGUUUACUGGAGAGGAGUUUCAGAGUUUCCUCAAGAACAACGGUGUACGACAUAUGACUUCAGCUCCCCAUCAUCCAGCAACAAAUGGACAAGCUGAACGGUUCAUUCAGUCCUUCAAGCGGUCAAUGAAAGCCAGCCGAUUGGAGGGAAAGCCAAUGCAACACAAAAUCGACAGCUUCUUAUUGGCUUACAGAAACACCACUCAUGCAACUACUGGACACACACCUGCAAUGCUUUUCAUGGGACGAAAUCUGAGAUCACGUUUGGAUCUGUUAAAACCAGACAUCCGCAAGAAUGUCCAGGGCAAACAAUCUUCUUUGGUGGAAACAACAAAGAACCGAACCAGAUCAUUUGACAUUGGACAAAAAGUUCUUGCCAGAGACUAUAGAGGCCCAAAUCAGAAAUGGCAGUCUGGCAUGAUUCUGUCACAGACUGGACCUCUGACAUACAACAUUAAUGUUGGAGACAACUUAAUCUGGCGGCGACAUGUUGAUCAGAUUGUAGAUGCAGAAACCCACAUGGUUCCAAGGCAACCUGAGAGCACAUCCACAUCUCAGGAUUCAGAAGAGUUUAUCUUCGCAACACCUCCUGAGGUUCAGGGUUUAGGUGAAACCACUGAUGCCCAAACAGCCGAACCUUCCACACAGAGUACUAUGGACUCUGGCCAUUCUGGCAGACGUUACCCUGAGAGAAAUCGCAGAGCACCUCAGAGACUGAAUUUAUAGAUUUCCAGUUCAUUUUAUAAGGAAACAGUUAAAAUGUUUAGAGUGAACAAUCUGCCACUAUGUUGUAGAUCUCAGAGUAGUUAUUAUGUUUCUGUUACACUCUCUGGAGCAAAUUUAUUGGGU